UCAUUUUCCUUUUCACUACUACACUCACUCUGUUCUCAAACACUCCAACACGACACAACACAAAACCGAACCUAUUCAUUCUUGUCGUUUUCUUGUUCUCUCUUUUUUCAAAUUCACUCGAAGAUGGAAGCUGAAGUGAUGAAAACGACGUCGUAUCAAGCUGAACCGGGUUCAUCUUCAAAGAACAACAAGAAAAUGGAUAGUUUCAGAACCGAGAUUGACACUUCAGCUCCAUUUGAAUCUGUGAAAGAAGCUGUUAACCUCUUCGGUGGUGUUGGUUACUGGAAACCCUUUCACAAUCUUCCAUCUCUCACUUCUCAUUCUAAGCACCACAUAGAAGAGCUUGACAGGGAGAAACUAGAGGAGCAGGCAAGAGCGUUGGAGAAAGAACUGAUCCUAAAAGAAAGGGAAACUCUUGAUGUGUUGAAAGAAUUAGAAAAGACCAAAAGGCUUGUUGAAGAUUUGAAAUCAAAGCUGCAGAAGGAAGAAUCUGAAACGAUAUUGAAUCUCGGGAUGAGUGUGUGUGAUCAAAGGUUGAUUGUAGAGGAGAAAGAAGUAAAGGAAAACCAAUCGAGUCCGUCUGAGGUUCUUCAACCCAUGAAGGAAUGUUCUAUGCCUUCCCGUGUAUCUUCUCCAGACUUGAUACUAAUGGAAUUGAAGCAGGCCAAGUUGAACCUAACCAAAACUACUCAUGAUAUUGCCGAUGUACGAGCUACUGUUGAAUCUCUUAAUAAGAAAUUAGAGAAAGAAAGGAUCUCACUAGAGAAAACCCGUGAGAGGUUUACUCAAAAUUGUUCGAAAAUGUCUUGUCUUGAAGAAGAGCUAAACCAAACCAGAUUAAGACUACAAGUGGCAAAAGGUGCUGCUUCUGGAGAUCCUUUAGAUGUUACAACAGAACUCCAUCGAUUGAGUUCAGAGGCCGAGCGUUUCAGAAAAAAGAGAGAAUCUGCAAAAUCAGAAGUUUUAAAAGCACUGUCUGAGAUUGAGCUGACAGAAGCUAUGAUAAAAACUGCCGAAAUCAGGUUAGUUGCGGCAAGGAAAAUGAAGCAAGCUUCUAGAGCUGCAGAAGCUGCUACCCUUGCAGAAAUUAACGCAUUGUCUAGCCAUGAGGGUACACCAGAAGAGUGUAUGCAGAAGCACGAGGAAAUCACUCUUUCAGUUGAAGAGUAUACUACUCUGACUCGUAAAGCUCGAGAGGCCGAGGAACAAUCAAAGAAGAGAGUAGCAGAUGCUAUGCUUGAAGUUGAUGAAGCAAAUUCUUCGCAGAUGGAUGUUUUUAAAAGGGUAGAGGAAGCAACAGAAGAAGUUCAAACUUGCAAGAAGGCCCUUGAAGAAGCUCUACAAAGGGUAGAGGCUGCAGAUAGAGGGAAGUUGGAAGUUGAAGAGGCUUUAAGGAAAUGGCGAUCUGACGGUCAAAAAAGGCGUUCUUCGACGAAUAGCUGUAUGAAGUUUAAAAACUCUGGUCCAUCUGAUCAAAGGAGAGAUAUUAGGCUACUUGAUGUAAAUGGAUUGAAUUUGGUAAACGAUGAAGCGAAGCCUGUUUUAAGGCCAACUCUAUCAAUAGGACAAAUACUGAGCAGGAAGCUGCUUAUACCAGAAGAGUUUGAAGAACCGAUGGUGCAUGGAGAAAUAGUCUCGGUGAAACAGAAGGUGUCAUUAGGUCAUAUGCUUGGAAAACAUGAUGACAGUCCAUUGUUUGAUGAGCAAACUGAGAAAGAAAAUGGUCAAAAGAAGCAGUUUUCUGCUAAGAGAAAGAAAUUUGGGUUCGCAAGAUUCUCACAUCUUUUGUCAAAACAGCAUAAAAAGAAGAAGAAACCAAUGCUGAACUUGAGGUGAAUAGAUUAUUUGAUCAAUUUUCUCUUCCAUCUAGUCAUGUCAAGAGCUAGACUCAAAAAUAGCAUCUCCUAUUAGGCCUCAUCACAUUCCCUAUGUGCUGUUUUUUAUUUCACUCUUUUUAGAGAAACUGGAAUGCAUGGCUUUUAUAUUUUGAUGUACUAAAUAUAGCAUAUAAUUUAUAUGCUCAGUUAUGUCACUCUGCAUUUUGCUAUACAUUUUUUAUGGUAUUUAGGUUGCA